AAUAUCCGUUUAUGUAACAUUUGGAUAACUAUCUAUAUUAUCAGAAAAAUCAGUAUUUUUAAGAAGAUAUGGGUUAACGGUAAAAGCCUUUUUUUUCUAAAUAUCUUUGAAUCAAGCUGUGACAAAAUACUAGCUUUUUGUUGACAUUGCUUGAACUAUUUGUUUACGUUUGUUUGUCCUCCUUAAUGGCGUUCCUACUCGUCAUCAAUUAGAAUAAAUUAAUGACGAGGUAGGAACGUUGGAUACGAUAUGCUAUUAUAGUUCAACAAGUAUACGUAGUUGCUGUUUUUGCAAUGUUGUCGCCACGUGUUUUUGUAGUUACUGGAUCAAACAAAGGAAUAGGUAAAUCAAUAGUAAAACUACUUUUGCAGGAUAAAGAAGAAAAAAUUGUUUAUUUAACAUCAAGAAAUAUAGAACUUGGACUUAAAGCUGUAGAAGAAUUAGCUGCUUUAAAUCUGCAUGCUGAAUAUCAUCAGCUUGAUAUCACAGAUCAAAAUAGCAUUAAUUCUCUAGGUGAUCAUUUACUCUCUAAACAUGGUGGUCUUGAUGUGUUAGUUAACAAUGCAGCCAUAGCUUAUAAAGAAGGUAGCAAUGUACCAUUUUCAGAGCGAGCAGAAGUCACUAUCAAUUCAAAUUUUUUUGGCACAAUUCAGAUUUGUGAUGCUCUCUUUCCUAUAUUAAAACCAAAUGCUAGAGUUGUUCAUGUAUCUAGCACAGCCAGUGAUUAUGCUUUCAACAAGUUAUUUGAUGAUCGUAAGCAACAAUUUAAAAACAGUGAUCUGACUAUAAAUGGACUUAAAGAAUUACUUUUGUUGUUUGUGGAACAUGCAAAAAAUGACACGGUAGUCGAAAAUGGAUGGCCUAAAUUCGCAUAUGGAAUGUCUAAAAUUGGUGUUUCAAUUUUGACACAACUCCAGCAACGGGAGUUUGACAAAAAUCCUGAAUUAAACAUGAUUGUUAAUUCUUGUUGUCCGGGUCUUGUCAAUACUGAUAUGACUGGUGGAAAUUAUGAUAACAUGUUAACUCCAGAUGAAGGCGCUGAUACACCUACUUAUCUUGCUUUGCUUCCCGUCGGAGAUAACUCGAUGCCCAAGGGCUGUUUUUAUAAACUAAGAAAGCCUGUUCCUUUUCCACCUUUCUCAUAAGAAAAAAUUUGUACUUCGUUUUUUCUUUUUUUUUUUUAAUUAAAUUUGUAAAAAAUA